GUGUUCGUUACAGAGUAAUCACGUACGGGAAGCAGGAAGGCGCAGAAUACCACAAACAUCUUUGCACCAAUAGAAAGAUCCCACAGAAGAAAAUGUUCCACUUGACUGGCCAAUCACAUUGAACACGUUGUCUUCAAAGGCAUCACAUCUUUGGGUAAAAUCAGUCUGUCUGUUAACUUUCGGUCAUCCUCACUCAUGGACGGGCUGCACACUUUUCUAGUCGCUCUCUUAGGAGUUGCAUCCUGCAGUCAUGAUUGGAUCUCUGGAUCAGUGACAGUCAGACCAGGAGACAACAUCACUCUCUACUGUGAUUGUAAACUAUCAACUGGAUUAUACACAGUGUGGUACAGGAACUGCUCUCAUGAGAACCACCCAUCUCUCGUCCUUAAAGUAGGUCGUAGUUCAUCCACAUUAGGAUACAAUCUGGACAGUGACACUAAAGAUCCUCAGAAUUUUCCUCGUUUUCAAUUUGUGAGAAACUCUUCUUUUAAUUCUUAUGACCUGCUGAUCAUGAACAUCACUGAUUCUGAUGAGGGAAUCUACUACUGUGGAAGUGAACAGAGAACAGUGGAGGAUAAAGAAUUAAUUGGCGGCCAAACUCUUUACAGAAACGGAAACGUCACAACAAGAGUCUUAAUCAGUCCAGACUGCAGCGAUUCUCUGCUCCAGACUCCAGAAUGUCUCUGUCCUCUGUGUUGGACUCUGCUGGUCUCUCUGUGUCCAGCUAUUGCUGUCCUCUCCUCCGUCCUCUCCUCUCUUCUAGUUUAUCAUCUGUGUCAGAAAAAAGCUCCACAACCUGAUCAGCAAACACCUCAAAGAAGACAGCAUGGGGAUGAAGAUGUGUGCUAUGCUGCACUGGAAAUCCAACAGACAUCACACAGACCAAAGAAGAAAAUCCAGAGUUCUGACUUCAGCACCUAUUCUGCCAUCAAUACUUCGAGGAUGUAGAGUGUAAAAAAGAAAAAUAACAACCACGACUCUACAACAUCUAAUGAUGGGAUCACAGCACCUAUAACACCGACCAGCAAAGGCCUUCAACUUAAGCAGAACAUGUCUCCAUUGACAAAACAAGGACAAUAAAAUUGAGACGCCCGGCCGUCAGUCCUGUCAGAACAACACUGCAUCUAAACUGAAUUCAGGAGAAGAUAUUUACACCCAAUGAAUUUCAUCUUUGCUGGUUUGUUUGCUCUUUAGAUUUAAGUUCCAAAUUGAUCAGAUGGGGACAUUAACAUACAGACAGAAAACCUCUUAGUUGUUGUUGUUGAUCACAAUCCAGCUUCAAGUUCACAUUUUCAAUGGAUAUCAACAUUUCAUGACGGUGAUGAUUGUGUUUCCAUCAAGAGACACGAAAGCUGUUUUCAGAUCAUUUUCAGUUUUUAUAUCUAGUUUGCCAUCAGCCCCACACAUGCCUUUAACGGCAUCGUGAGAUACAAUGACUGAGUAGCUUAAUAACAGGAAACCCACAGUGACAAACAGCUCGUCAUUCGGCCGCAGAGCUCAACAGACUGAAGCUGUGGACCAGUGACUGCUGAAGUGUAAUCCGUGGAAAUAUUUAAAGUUUUUUAAAUUGUUCUCGUUGUAAGAGUCUCCACUCGCUCACUGAAAAGAAUGCUCGUUUGUCAAUUAGAUGUAUUUAUGUCCAACGGCCCUCUCAGCUACACUAAGGUUAUUUCUGUCAUAUGUGUGACCACAUCCUGACUGUGAGAUGCUCUGCUCUGCACGCGGGCGUCUUUUGCGUGCAGGCAGCGUGCAGUGUGGUUUCACCGCGGUCAGUGGGCUCACAGGCUCACUCGACAUCGGCCGUUUGUCUGAACAACGUAGUGCAGCACUUUUGGAUGGACGAUGAUUUCUUGCAGUGAGAGAAAAUUCUGGGAUUACAAAAAAAAGGGAAACGAGAGUAACAUCUGGCCACACCAGAGGAACUCUGCUGGCCUCUAUUGAAAAGGUUAAAUGAUGAAGCAAAUAAUGUGAAAUAAGAAGCUGAACAAACUAAAUGACACUGAGCUAAAUCCUGAUUGUACGUUUGCUACAGCUGCUGUAUUCUAUUACUGCAUUCAUUGGCUCUGACCGGCUGGCCAAUUAGUGUGACAAUAUCUGAUUCCUGUAAGUUAAUUAACUUUAUUUGCAGUGAAGAAGUAAUGUAACUGUUUAUAGUCUAUAAGAAAACAUCUACUAGAAGACAUGUCUUUGUUCAGCACAGUGACCAAAUAUUUAAAUAAAGGUUUGAAUAAAGGAAAGACCUAAAACAG